AGCAGGGAAGGGGAGGGCAGGGGAGGGGAAGGGAGGGGGGCUGGGAACGAGAGCCCACUUCGCUUCUGCAUCGGAGGUUUUGCCAGGCACCAGCCAUGGGGCGGAUGGAGUAUUCAUCCCGGAGGAAAGCCGAGGGGGAGACUUUGAAAUACUUCAUCGAGGAUCCCGGCACUGGCACGCUUUACAAGAGGGGCCAACUAUUAGGAAAGGGGGCAUUUGGAAGAUGCUACAAGUUCACAGACACAUCGACCAACAAAAUUUAUGCUGUGAAGGUCGUCUCUCAGUCCCGGGUCUCCAGACUGGACAACAGGGGGAAGGUUGAACGUGAAAUUGAACUGCACAGCCAGCUCAAGCACAGAAACGUUGUGGGCUUCCACCGACAUUUUGCUGACCAGGAAAAUAUCUACAUGGUACCGGAAUACUGCAGCCGAAAGUCUUUGGCCCACAUCCUGAAAGCCCGGAAGACGCUGACGGAGCCGGAGGUCCGCUUCUACCUGAAGCAAAUUAUCUCAGGCCUGCAGUAUAUCCACCAGCAAGGGAUCAUCCACCGGGACCUCAAACUGAGUAACUUCUUCGUCACAAAAAACAUGCAGGUGAAGAUUGGAGACUUGGGGCUGGCGGCCCGAGAGGAACAGGCCAACAGGAGGCGGGGAGUGGUCUGUGGUACCCCCAACUAUCUGGCUCCCGAAGUCAUUGCUAAAAAGGGGCACUCAUUCAAGUCGGACGUUUGGGCGCUGGGCUGCAUCAUGUACACGGCCCUGACCGGCUGCUCCCCAUUUGAGAUCACGCACAAGCAGGAGAUGUAUCAGUGCAUCCGGGAGGGCCGCUAUCCAAUGCCCACUCACCUCUCGCCCAGUGCCCGGGAGUUGAUUGGAAAGUUACUGGCUCCUGACCCGGCUGCCCGGCCUAGCCUGGAGGAGACCCUCAACCAUGUCUUUUUUUCGCAGGGUUUCACUCCCUCCAGGCUCUCCUCCCGGGCCUGUCAUUCUGCACCCAUGUUCACUCUUCCCAACCCUCUCAGCAAAUUCUUCCAGAAGGCUGCCAAGAUUUUCUUUCGGGGAUCCCCCUGCCAAGAGUCGAGGACCGUGAGCCCCACCCCCCAGGAAGUAGAAGAAAGACCCCUGCAAGGAUUGCCGCAAUGCCCAGUGGAAGAGCACCCCAGCUUGGAAGCAGAAAAGGGGAGCGCAAACCUCCUGGAGGACCCCAGCAGCUUCCCUGUUCGUUUGCUCAUGAAGGGAUCGUUGAACAACAACAGCUCUGAAGCAGACGGGGAUGCCGAAUGGAGCCAAGGAGGCACCCUGGAGACUGCUGAUAGAGUGCUGAGGACUUGCCUGAAGAGGAUCUCUCUGGCCACACAGAACCCAAAGAACCAGCAACAGACGGGUCCUGUCCGGAUGGUCACCAAAUGGGUGGAUUAUUCCAACAAGUAUGGCUUUGGUUAUCUGCUGUCGGAUGGGUCAACAGGGGUCCUCCUUGCUGAUGGAACGCAUAUCGCACUCUGCCCUCGGCGCCAGCAUGUCUGCUACUGUACAGAAGUCCAGGAGGCCGUGUCUUUCCCACGGAGAGAGGUGCCCCCAUCCUUGGCCACGAAAAUGGGCAUCCUUCAUUUCUUCACCCAAUACAUGCAGCAGCGGCUGAUGGAGGGUGGCCACCAGCCGGCAGAUCCCGCGGGCUCCGCAGACAACGUUCACCUCCUGCAUUUUGCAAAGUCCGACGAAGCCCUGCUGAUGCUUUUCAGUAACGGGACCCUGCAGGUCAAUUUCUACCACGACCGCACAAAGAUCGUCCUCAGUUGCCAAGCUGGAGAGUACCUCUUGACGUUUGUAGACCGCCAGCGCCGGAGCACCACCUUCCCCAUGGAAACCCUGCUGCAGGAAGGGUGGACGCUGCCCCUCCGAGAGCGGAUGGAGUAUGCCCUGCGCAUGUUACACUGCCUGUAGCGACCCCACCCCAUGCUCCCAUCCCUGGCCGCCAGAAACAGAUGCAGGAAUGUGAAGACCCGCCUGUGAGGUUCUGCCGCACCUGGGACUGUUCGCGGGCUCAUGGGAUAGAUUUCGCACUCUUCCACAGCACCUUUUUUAUUUCCUCCCAAGAGUGGAAAAAAUUGGCGACGAGGCUGGAAUAUUUGGAACUCUCCAGAGUGCUAUUUUGGAGCUGAUGGAUGUAGUCAGUGAUGGGGAAUGUAUUGCAGAGCUGCGAAUGUGUACGGUGAUGGUAUGCAUGUCAUGGGGGAAUGACCUCAACAUCUGGGCAAGAUCUCUGUGGCUGGAAAGAGGAGGGAAGGAUACAGGGUGAGAACGUUGCAGAGGCAACGGUGAAGGGCAGAGAAUGCAGGAGUGGCUGGCCAGUGGGCAUCCGUGGGAGGCCAGGAAGUCAAGAAAGGAGGUGGAGAGGUUUGUCUCCUCUUUAAGACAGGGAAAUGGGAUUGGAGAGGCUGCAGCCACAGGAGUACCUACAGGUGAUUUUCACCCGCCAUUUUUUUUUAGGUUGGCGAUAUGCGCUUGG